AUGAGUGGGGAUCAAUUGGCGGCGACCAGCUUUGGAGAUCCAAACGCUCAACCGCCCACACCUCGACAAACACCUACUUGUGUCGCCUUCCCCAGCCCCGAUUUCGAAACUCCCCAACUCUUCCAGAAGACACCUUUUGAGGACGGAGGAACAUCACGGCACUCAUCCUCAUCCUGGACAUCUGGCCCCGGCAACGAUAUUUCGCCAUUUAGCUCCACCGCCCCGGUCCACGCCGCCGAAAGUCACCUUUUCAGGAACGAGCCCGCAAAGGCUACGCACGGGGUCUGCGACUGCGACCAACGGCCCAAACUCGGCCCCUCAACACCCAAGCAAGCAAGCACAGCACCCGCGACCUACGCAGAUCGCAACACCUCCGCCGUCGGCAAGCAAGGGGACCGGAAACCUCCAUCAGGCCCCACGGCAACCACUAUGCAGGAUGACCAGGGCUUCGGCCAUCCAGACUUCCUCGGCGCGACGGCCACUCCCCACCAGCAGCACUCUGGUGACCUAACGGCAGCCUUCGCCGCCUCCGGCCACGAUGUCUUCGGUUACCCACUCCGCAGCGUCUGGGAUCCUCUUUCAGCCGCCCGCGCAGACCCAUCGCGGAAUCGACUCUUUGACUGGAAUUCCAACCCUGCCUUGUUCCAGGAUCCUACCGUGACUGCCAUGGCCAACAACGUAGCCGCAAACGGAGUACCCCAACCCAGCGCUGAGAUACCAGUCUCGGGCGACUUAGCGGGCCCUUACCUGGCCGGCAGUGACGCCGCCUUCACCCUGAGCCCCAGCGGUGGUGUGGACCCAGGCCUCUUAUUUAGCCGCCCUCCCUCGUCGGGCAUGGACGUAAGCUUCAACCAAGCCGGCCACGCUGACCCCGCCGAGACUAGCCGAACCCGCACCUGUAGCGCCGAGUGCUGCGUCAGGCCGUCCAUCAAGCUCGGGCCGGUCGGGUCGGAUUUCCCCCUCAAGCUACAUCACCGACUCACCAGCCUCUCGUCGAUUCCAGAAUCCAACGGUCCUCGCACUCGCACAUCAGUCAAGUUCACCAUUGAUGCCCGGGGGCGAGCGCACGCCGAAACUACGACCGUUGCUGAAGAAUCGUCCCCCAUGCGAAGGGCAUCGCGCGAUUCCGGCAGCAGCGGAAGACGGGCCCCUGCCGUUCUCGGGUCCUCGGGCUCGGAUGACUCUGAUACCGACGACGAGCCCAUUAUCAUUCAAGCCGCAACUCUUCGCGACGAGAGCGAGGCGGAGACAGUAGUUGACUCGCGGUCAGAUCGCGAAGGGAGCGCGGGAGAUGCCGCGAGCGAGUUGAGGAAGAUGGUGGAGGACAGGCAGAACAAGAGGGUGGCGAGUCAGAGGGCACAGAGGAUGGGCUCGUCUUCAGCCAACGGGACGUUUGAAUGGGGCGGUGCGAGCGUGGUAUCGCCAACCCACAUCACGGACGCCAUCCCCACACCGCUGACGGGAGGUAGACGCCUCAACAUUCGGUGCAUAUGCCAUCGGAAUGAUCAGGGCUCCGCGGCGGACACUUUCAUGGUACAAUGCGAAGCUUGUGAGAUGUGGCUCCAUGGCAGGUGCACCAAGAUUACUCGCCGAGAGAUGCCGCCAGUGUACAUCUGUGCGUUUUGCGCCAACACGCCCAAUAUGAGAGGAGGUAGACUCCGCGACACGGGGAGGGCUGGAAGCAGCAGCGUCGCGAUGGGGAGCGGAAUGGCGUCGUCCAGUCACGGCCAUGGACACGGCCACGGCCACGGUACGUCACCGUUGGCGCACAAGUCGUUCAAGUCAUUCCGGUAA